UUAUCGUUGUGCUACAAUAAGAAACCCCACUUCCCAUGAUUCUUCGCGGUCAUGUGGGCGAAGGAAGCUAAACCGAUGAUGAGAGCGCAGGCGGACUGUGGUUGUUCAAGCGGGAUUCAUCUAAAAUACGAGGAGGCGUCCAGUUAAGGUAAAACUAUGAAGGUGUUCGAGCUGCCAACGCACUGAGUUCACCGAGAGAAGACGUCUGAUGAAAAAUUACCACAGCGUUUCAGAUUCCAGCAUGGAAGACAAGACAAAUGGCUCUGCUGACACAAAAAGCCCAGUGGAGAAUGGUCAGCUGCCGGAUCCUGCCAACUGGGGGGUCGCUGAUGUCGUCAAUUACUUUAAAGCAACAGGGUUUGAGGAGCAGGCCACAGCUUUUCAGGAUCAGGAAAUUGAUGGCAAGUCCCUGCUCCUGAUGACGCGUAACGACGUCCUGACGGGACUGUCAAUAAAACUCGGGCCUGCGCUGAAAAUCUAUGAGUAUCACGUGAAGCCGCUGCAGACCCAACACCUUAAGAGCAACGCCUCGUAGCACCGCAGGUCGUCCCAACCCCCCCCCCCACCUCAGUGACAAUCAACGUUUCAGGAGAAACCAGGUUAGCUGCCGCCUCACAAAGACUCCUCUGACCACAGUGGCACCUUAACAGGAUUUGAAUGCUGAAUGAUUUUAUAGGCAUGGACCCCCAAAAAACAGGUUGCACAUGGAGUCCAACCAGCUGUUUUUUUUUUCAGCCAUUUUUUUUUCCACUGCUUUAUUUGUGUGUUAAUUUUUUUGUGUUUAAUUUAAGGAAGGUAAUAUGAGGGAGGCUAUUUGUGUGUGAGUGGCUUUAGUUGGCGGGUGUGUAAGGGUCAGUGUGUGUAUGUGUUCAAAAUGAGCUACAUUAGUUUAAAAAAAGUAUGUGUAUAUAAGAUGAAAUAUACUUAAAACUGUUAUUUUCGGUUGUUUCAGUGAUUCUGAUGUGCCCCACCUAAAGUCUUUAUGCUCUAAACCACCGCUAGGUCCACAAAUUGUCAGCAUGUUACAACGAAGCAUUUUGUUUUCCCAGACACAAGAAGCAAAAUCCUGAUUGUUCCCUCACACACACAUGAUCCAGGCUUGAGGCUCUUGAACAUAUUUAUGUGUAAAUAUUCUUAAUUAUGUUCCUACCUGUGGUGCUUUCAGCAAUGUCACAAUGACAACUGUAUGUACUGUGUAUGACCAAUUUCUAUGUGCAAACACACUGGAGUUUGAAUAUUUGAAUCAGAGAUUUGCAAUAAAUGGUGCUCUUUUCUCACCAAAGAACAA